AUGGCAAAACUACUUCACCAAGAUAUCGGAGCUCCUGGAAAACUUCACGAGAACCUGCUGCAUCUCCGGAACCAAAAACGCCUUCUCUUUGACCCUCUGACAACCCCAAUUGAAGGUAAGUGCGCGUUUUCCGCGUCCAACCACUUCAAACCCAACAACCUCAGUCCCGUCACCUUACUCCUUCUUGCCUGUUGGAGGGAACCUAUGAGCUGUAUAUCUGACAUAUUUGUUACAGUUAAUGGUAGUCACUCGUUUCAACCUCCAGACUUCGAAAAUGGAGACCAACGCGGUCCCUGUCCAGGACUCAAUGCUCUGGCAAACCACGGAUACAUUUCGAGAGACGGAAUAGCUGGGCAAAAAUACAACAUCCCGACAACCGUUGCUUGGGAGGAACCUAAAACUAACGGAACUGUAUUUGGUAUGAGCAUUGAGCUAGCAACAGUCCUGUCCGUUAUGGGAACUGUGGGCGUUGGUAAUCCGCUGUCCCUUGACCCCGGCUUCUCUAUCGGCGGCAAGUCAACCAAGGUCUCUAACGUGUUGGGCAACCUCCUUGGACUUCUUGGCGUUCCUAGAGGACUUGAAGGUAGUCACAACUGGAUUGAGGGAGACAGUUCCAACACUCGAGACGACUUGUACGUCACCGGGGACGCUUCAACGAUGAACAUGGAUCUAUUUAACGAGGUUGAUGCCUUAUUCGAAACCACCGAUGCUUUAACAAUGGAAGAUAUUGGCGACCGUGCGAGCCGACGUUUACAAGACAGCAUCUCUACCAAUCCAUACUUCUACUACGGCCCAUACACUGGUUUUGUUGCUCGCAAUGCCGGCUACUUGUUUUCGGGGCGACUUCUCAGCAACCACUCGAUCGAGUACCCUGGGGGAGGCCACCUCACAAGGGAUGUUUUCCGGAGUUUCUGGGGGGUUGUAACCAAUUCUCAGGGUGAACUCGAAUACAAACGGGGUUGGGAACGAAUCCCAGAAAAUUGGUACCGUAUUAACAUCGACUAUAGCCUAGUCGAACUCAAUGUGGACCUUGUCAUAUGGACUCUAAAGCACCCGGAACUUGCCAGUAUCGGGGGCAAUCUUGGUAAGGUCAACACAUUUGCGGGCGUCGAUAUUGCCAAUAUCACAAGCGGUGUUCUCAAUGCUGCAAGUCUGCUGGAGGGUAACAACCUGGUUUGCUUCACUCUAAACAUUGUCAAGACGUUCGUUCCCAACUCGCUCUCCGGUCUCUUUGAAACUCUAGAAAAACCUCUUCAGCUUAUCAACGAUGCCGUCCUCGAUCCUCUCCUGGAUUUGGACUGCCCCGCCUUUAAGGAUCUAGAGGCUGGGGGCACCGAUAUUAUUUCUGGGCUUCUCGAGAAAUAUCCGGGGGCUUCGAAGAGUGGAUAUGCCUUGUAA